CCCAGCGGGGAAGGUAGGUGGGGUCGGAGAGUCCGUUGCAGUGGGGGACGAAGUUGAGCGCGCCGGGAGAGGAGGGCCGGGGCAGUGGGGGAUGAGGGUGAGCGCAAUGGGGGAUGAGGGUCGGGGCAGUGGGGGAGGAGUGUCUGGGCGGUGGGGGAUGAAGGUAGGCGCAGUUGAGGGAACGGGCGGCGCAGUGAGGGAGAAGGGUCGGCGCCGUAGGACGGGAGGGUCGGCGCAGUGGGGGAGGAGAUUCGGGGCGGUGGGGGAUGAGGGUAGGCGCAGAUGGGAACGGUUGCCGCAGAGGACAUCCACAACCUCGACGACUCGCUGGCUCAAGUCCACGGCUGCCUCCGGCAGCUGGAGCAGUGACCUGUUGCCGCCCCCGAUGCAAGCUCUUCGAACACCUCCGAUCGAGACCGCAACGCAACAGUUGGAACAACGGAUCUGCACUGCCGCCAACCACUCAAGUUCGGAACCGCGCGAGACAGCUCCAAAGUUCGAUGGGCAGGAGAUCUUCUGCGACUCGACGAAGACAGAUCCGAUAUCAUGGUUCGGCAAGUUCGAUCUCACGCUACAGCUACACUACGUCAAGGAACACAAGCACCACGCGUAUUUAUACUCCCAGUCGGGGGGCGCGUGCCAGGCAUGGUUGGACAACCUCUUGUCCAAGUACGGAGUAGUAGCUGGCGACUUGCACACCAAGAUCAGCUGGGAUGAUCUGAAGGCGGCGUGGCACAAGCGGUUCCAAGUCGAGCCGUCGGAGAUCAAGGUUAUGGACAAGCUCAUGGUCUUCGAACAAGGCACGCUGCUGAGUACCGACUGGAUUGCCGAGUACCAACGCUUGACAUCAGUCCCAGACAUCCAGAUGGGCUUCAAAGCCAUCCGCCACUAUUUCAUCUCAAGGUCCUAUCCGACAUUAAGCAAUGCCCUGAAUCACGUCGAGGACACCUUGACGACAAUGGCGGAACUCUUUGACAAGGCCGCGCAGAUCAUUAUCACGAACAAGGAGGCUAAGAACCUGCGUUCGUCUGCGCCAGGCCCGAGCAGAGACCAGCAUUGGCCAAGAGUGGCCGUGGUCGCGGCGGCAACGCCGUUUGACCAAACUAGCGAGGCCGUGCAAGGGCAAACAGGGAAACUGAGCACCGCCGAGAGUGACUCGACGACACUCUCGACGCCUUCCGAACCGGUUUCUUCGCGAGUGACCGACCUUCAUUCUGAGGCGCAUGCGAAAGUCGAUAAUCCUCCUCUUCUAUAUUCUUUUGAGGACUAUGCUGCCCGACUCGUUCCUACGCAGGGUACUCAAGCUCAAGGACAAGACGUGUGUGCGGCAUCUUCUCCGUCCGACAGCGGCGACUUAUCGUCUUCAAGUGGUUCUUCACGGGAUUUGGCGUGCGAGUUCAACAUAGAGGUAUUGGACCCGCUCACGUCCGAGGACUUUGCAUGGCUUCCUCUCCCGACCACGGGCCGCCUGUCGGGACCACGAUGCGCAGCAUUAUGCGCUCAUCUCCACAUGUACUUAUCCUUCUAUGCACCACCAACUUCGCCGAUGGAUGACGAAGUCGCGGUGGGGGACAUCCUUGCGUAUGUUACCAAGGUGGCCCGCGAGUUUCGCACGCAGCGGUACGAUGACAACAACGCACCGCUCAUGUAUGUCCGCAUCCAGGUUGGGCAAGCGUCCUGCAACACUUUGCUGGAUAGCGGCUCGUCUCGCAAUUUCAUGAGCCAAACCUUUAUGCAAAGGGCUGGCCUUGGCGCACAAGUUCGGAGGAAGGCAAACCCGACGGCGAUCAAGUUGGCGGAUGGAAAGACGCAGCAACUUCUCGACCGAGUCACCUACCGGUGCAAGGCUGGGCAUUUCCACGUCCAGGCAUGUGUGCAGGGCAGCUCCGGGCAACAUCAUCCAGCCAAGGGUGAGCAAUGUAUCGGAUCAAUGAUUGAGUGUAGUAGUGGUCAAUCUGGUGGUAACCUAUUUAAAUGGGGAGGGUCAAGGUGCAUCAAGCCAGCCUUUGUACAGAAGAACUGUUUUAGACAUUGCGGUGACUGUUCAAAACUGCAAAGUGUGUUUCAUGAAGCGACGUCCGCAUGGAGAUGCACACUAUUGGGGGGGAGGCAGUGGCGAAGAGAGCCUCCUUGGCUGGAGUGGCUGCAGCUUGGUCCGGUGUUAGGAAACGAGUGGACGGCACCUGCCUCUCAUUGCCCCUCUUGUGGUGUCAGGGCAUCGAGGCGGAGGAGAACCUUUUGCAGGUUUCACAAAGGGGGUGCUUAUGACGAUCUGUCGACGCCCAAGCGCAGGGAGCGUAUGGCAGUAGUUUCCAAGGAGUGCCAUAUGGCAGCUUCAGGGAUAGGGAUGGAUAUCUUCACCAAACAAGGUAGAGUGUCCCUGCCGUUCACCCAAAGCUGUUUUAGUCGGAGGAAACAAUGUCGGGGAGGGCAUAUGCACAGGGGAUUGGUAGUGAAACAUGUUGGUGUUUCGGGCGGUUGGCUGUGCUCAAUGAUGUGUGUGCAGAGGCAUCUUACCUCCAUCACCCAGGUGAUGGCAGUUCAACAGGCCAUCAGGGAAUAUUCUGAGGAGGAAGAGGAGGGGGAUGUGGAGGAAGAGUCUCCCGUUGGUGGAGCACGUAAGGAGGACGGAGAGGAUGGCAGCGGGGAAGAAGAGGAAGAGGAGAAACAUGCCGUCACGGGAGGAUUCGGGGAAGAGGAGCAGGAAGACUCCCACAGACGAGCAUGUGAUGAUGAGGAGGAAGAGAAAAUGGAAGUGACCAGUAGGGGAGCAGCAGAGGUAAGGAAGGAGGUGGCGAGCAGGAUGGGCAAGCACAGAAAAGCGUACACCGGGGAAACAGCGAGGGAAGCAGAGGGACAAGAUGAGGAGGAAGUGGCCAUUGGAGUAUUGGCAGGGCAAUGGAAGCAGGAGCAUGAUGAUGCAAAGGCAAUCGGAGAGAUAAGGAAGGUGAGAGAGGCGGAGGAAUCGGCUAUGGCUUCACAACCCAGUUCUAUCACGUCGAUUUGGACUGGAGAAGAAGCUAACGGGGAACGGAGGAAUGUGUCUGCAUCUGUCUCAUCAUCUGGCCUAGGUGCAGGUAUCGGAAAUGAGGCUGAGGAGGGGAUUUCUCCAAGGGAAAGGCGAAAACUGCGAGCGAGGAAGAGACAAUUGAAGGGUCAGGAUGAAGAAGGUAGCCUCGGGUGGCACGGACAAAUGGAGGAGAAGUGGGCCAUGCGGAACCGGGACCGAAAGGUCAUGAAAGAUCCAGAGGUGAUUCAGCAGGCUUUCAGCUUCAAGCAAGUCACUGCUCUAGGUCCACGAUGGUACAUGGUUCGCGUGUCUGGCAAUGGAGAGAAACGCGCCAAGGAGGCAAUCCUCCAAGCGCUUGCCGAAUUGUUGCCCGAUCGGGAUGUGGAACUUGUUAUCCCAGAGGUGCCAACUGGUAAGCUGAAGAUCGAUGGGACCGUUAGUAAGCAGAAGAAAAGGUUGUACCCCGGCGUCAUUUUGAUGCGGGCAACAAUGGACAAGAAACUGUAUGAUGUCAUCAGGAAGGUCCCGCGCGUCACUGGGUUUUAUGGGGACUUCAAGGGGAACAGUGUACGGUACUUGGUCAUGCCCCAGGCAGUGAGGGAGAACGUGAUACAAGCGCUGUUCGAAAGGAUGGCCGAGCAAGAAGCAAAGGUUGCGGCAGUGGCUGAAAAGGUGGCAGCUGAGCAGCAACGUAAAAAAGAGCUACCGAAGAAAGUCGCAAAGCUUGAGGAUGGUGCACCGAUCGAAGUUGUGUCGGGCCCAUUUGCAGGCUUUCGCGGUAAAGUGGUCAAGGUGCAACGCCGGUUAGGUACAGUCAAGACAUUGCUAUGGAUGUUUGGCAGAGAUACACCUGCAGAGGUUAGCUUGGAACACGUACGGCCAGCGUAAGUAUCCGUCUAACUGUGCUAUUGUGUCUUUUUGCUAGUCGAACACCUUGCCGACUACCAAGAAUCUCCUGUUCUAAGCACCUACCUAACCAACUUGAUAACUAGCUAACUAGCUAACUAGCUAACUAGCUAACUAGCUAACUAGCGAUCCAACGAAGUAGCUAGCUAACUAACUAAACAACCAGGGCACUAAAUAGCUAACUAACUAAACAACCAGGGCACUAACUAGAUAACAAACUGACCUCCCUGCCAACUUUUGUAACUAAGAGAAGAAAUGGGAGUGCUGCUGGCAUUCAAAGCGGCAGAUGAGAUUUGGAGUUGAGACAGAGACGGAAAUCUUGAACAGCCUCCAGUGCUGGGGGUAGCUCUAUUGUGAUAAUAGAUGUGAGCUUUUCAACAUGUUGGUGUGUUCUGCCUGUAGCAGCUUGACAACUAAUGGCUCAUUGACCAACUGCAUAAACCAAGUGUGAAUGUAUGCUACACCAAAAAGGAGGAACGCAUAUGAUGACCCGCAUACACAGCCUGUGCAACCGUUAAAUGAACAGAUGAUGGUGUGGAUGGCAAGGGGGGUGCCAGGGGGGUAAUGACGUUGGUGUUUGGGUAGAUGGCCGACUUGCGGCGGCAUCAUAAACAUACCUUCCUUGUUGACGUGGACAUUCGGAGCUACCUUUCAGGAGAGUUUAGAUCCGAUCAACGAUGCACUGCGAUAGUGAAUACACUGAAGCACUUCUUGUCUGCAUGACUCCAACGGUUUACCAAGGACAGUUUCUGUUCAUUGUGGCAGCAGUCUCCUAAAUAUGGUCCUCGCUAACUGAGUCCAAUAGGGUCCUGAUGACUACAGUGUCUGCAGAGGUGCAACAGGGUCCUGCUGAUUCUGCUCAUUUGUGGCAGCAGCCCCCUGGAUAUGGUCCUUGCAAACUAAGUCAAACAGGGUUCUGCUGACUACGGUGUCUGCAGAGGUCCGACAGGGUUCUGCUGACUACAGUGUCUGCAGAGGUCCAACAGGGUCCUGCUCACUCUGCUCAUUUGUGGCAGCAUCCCCCUGGAUAUGGUCUUUGCAAAUGAAGUCCAAUAGGGUCC